AUGGAGAGAAAAAAGCACUGGGCUGCUUAUGAUUUUGCACGGGAUAGGGGGUUGAAGGGGAAAACACACGGAUCUCUCUCUUUUAGCCGUGCCAGCCCACGUCGCCCCAGCCCAGGUCGUCGGCCCGCCCCGCACCUGGUGCUGGUGCUGGCCGACGACCUGGGCUGGGGCGACGUGGGCUGGCACGGCUCUGCCAUCCGCACGCCGCGGCUGGACGCGCUGGGGGCGGGCGGCGUGCGGCUGGAGCGCUACUACACCCAGCCGCUGUGCACGCCGUCCCGCAGCCAGCUGCUCUCGGGCCGCUACCAGAUCCACACAGGUUUACAACACCAGAUAAUUUGGCCAUGCCAGCCCAGCUGUCUGCCACUGGAUGAGAAACUCCUUCCAGAGCUACUUCAAGAGGCAGGAUAUGUUACUCACAUGGUGGGGAAGUGGCAUCUGGGGAUGUACAGAAAAGAAUGCCUUCCAACCCGCAGAGGAUUUGACACUUACUUUGGCUAUCUCCUGGGCAGUGAGGAUUAUUAUACUCAUGACCGCUGUGUCCUCAUCAAGGCAAAGAAUGUGACACGCUGUGCUCUGGACUUUCGAGAUGGAGAAGAAGUUGCAACUGGAUUUAAAAAUGUGUACUCCACAAAUUUAUUCACAGAAAGAGCUAUAGAUCUUAUAGCCAAUCACAAAACUGAGAAGCCCCUCUUCCUCUAUCUCGCCUUUCAGUCUGUGCAUGAGCCUCUCGAGGUCCCUGAGGAAUACAUGAAGCCAUAUUCUUCCAUAAAAGAUGUAAAGAGGCGCCAUUAUGCAGGGAUGGUAACUCUUAUGGAUGAAGCGGUUGGAAAUCUUACUGAUGCUCUGAAAACAUACGGUCUUUGGGACAACACAGUUUUUAUUUUCUCUACCGAUAACGGAGGACAAACUUUAGCAGGGGGGAAUAACUGGCCACUGAGAGGGAGAAAAUGGACCCUCUGGGAAGGAGGCGUGAGAGGCGUAGGCUUUGUUGCAAGUCCUUUGCUGCAACAGAAGGGUGUAGAAAGUCAUGAACUCAUCCAUAUCUCUGACUGGCUGCCGACGCUGGUGCACCUUGCUGGAGGACAUACCAAUGGAACUAAGCCUUUGGAUGGCUUUGAUGUUUGGAACACUAUCAGGUCUGGGAUUUACUUAGCUAAGAAAAUUAAUGGUGAAGGAAGACCUUCUCCCAGAGUGGAACUGCUGCAUAACAUAGACCCCAUGUUUGUGGAUGACUUCCCAUGUCUUGGCAUCGACAAGAGGACAUCUUUACCGCAGAGCAAUUCUUCUCCAUGGGAUGGUGCACUUUUCAAUAUAUCCAUACAUGCAGCAAUAAGACAUGGAAAAUGGAAGUUACUAACUGGAUAUCCAGGCUGCAGUCAUUGGUUCCCUCCACCGUCUUUGUUCAAUGAGUCACACAUUCAAUCGUCUGAUCCAUCAACAAAGAGACUUUGGCUGUUUGAUAUUGUUCAUGAUCCUGAAGAGAAGUAUGAUGUGUCUGAAAAAUACCCUAAUGUGGUGGAAAAACUACUCUCACGGCUUCAGUAUUAUCACAAACGUUCUGUGCCUGUGUUCUACCCUGACGAGGAUCCCAACUGUGACCCAGCAGCAACUGGGGCUUGGGGUCCUUGGGCAUAGUGCACACAGCUUGGCAUUCUGCAAUAAACCUCUGUCGCAGAGCCUGGUUUAUGGACUCGGAGUCCUAGUCACAUAUUUUGUACUUUCUUUAAUAAGUUGUUGGUAAUUGUGACCUUAUUCUUUGAAUAAUUCAAGUAUUUCUUAUUCUUGAAUAAGAAAUACUCUCUCAUUCUCAAAAAUUGUAUGUGAAAUGUUAGUAAUUUUUUUUUAAAUAUUCUUUGUCUGGAAUAUACUUUUAGUGCUAAAGAAAAACAUUGCCUCCUUCCUUGAAAGAAAUUGAAAGGAAUUUAAUUCCUUGCAAGGAAUCAUGGCAGCAGGGACAUCCACAAUUAAUCAGUCUUGUGGAGUAUACUGAAUUCUGGUUUCAUCUUUGUCCAGAAGACAAAUUCUACUGAAAGCUAUUAUAUAAUCUGUAUUGGCAUAAAAAUUUUUGCCUUUAACAUGUACUUCCAUCCAGAAAAGGGAAGAGUAAAAAAAGAAAACUUCACAAAUACAACAAAAUCUCAAUUUCUUGUUCACUCUUAGUGUAUCAAACCAGAGUAGAGAAUGAUGAUCAACUGGAGUGCAGGGCUGUGGGGUAGAAGGAUCUUGACAGGCUGAAAAAAUGGGUGAACAAAGAUUUUAUUAAUUUCAGCUAAUUAAUUGCAGAGUCCUCCACUUGGGGUGGAACAACUGCAUUCAGGAGUAUAUGCUGGGCCAUGACCAGAUGGAAAGCAUUUUCAUAGGGAAAAAUUCUAGGCAUCCUUCUGGACAAGAAUUAGGACAAGAGUUGCCAUUUUCUCUCUAGGUGAAGAAAAUCAGCUACAUGUUGUUCUAUGUAAAUGAGAAUGUAGCCAGCAGCUAGGGGAAGUCUUAAUUCCUUUCUUUAAGCACUAGAGCAUAGCAUCACAUUUUGAGCUUCCCUAUACAGGAAAAGCAUUGAUGAGUUGGAGUUAGUUCAGUGAAGAAGUAUGAAUAUGAUCAUGGCGAGGAUAAAAAAUGGGUUAGUUUAUGCUGGUGAGGAAAAGGGUUUCUAUCUUCAGCUACCUAAUGUGAGAGCAUAGAGAAGAGGAAGCCAGACUCUUCUCAGAGAUGCACAAAGAUGAAAAGCACACAGGGAACAUGUGGAGUUCCAAUGCAAUAUAAGGAAGGGGAAAAAAAAUCACACCAUGAGUUUAAUUAAAUAUGGAAAUGUGGGACUCUGGCAACCCUAAUCCUGGGGAUGUUCAGUCUUUGGUCAGAGAAUUUUCUGAACAAUUCUAUCCCUGAAGCUGGACCAAAUUUGAAGAUAACCCAGUUUGUUAGAGAUGCUGAGGAACAACCAGUGACCUCCAAAGGCCCCUUUCUGCAGGAAUUACUCAACGACUCUGUGAUGAACAAAACCUUACUUUUAUUACCUGCCUGGUAAGUACCCUGUCUUUAUUACCAUAGUGGAAUCUGUUUUCAUCUUGAAGUGGGCUCUGAUCCCACUAUGAAGAAACCAAGCCAAACAACAUUUCUCAGUUAUUUGUCAAACUCAUGCAAGAUAACCUGCCAGCUCUCUAUGAGUGUCUCAUACCCUUAGUUCUGGUACUGCUUCUCAGUGUCCUUGUCAGGAUGCAGAGCUCAAUCUGUCAUCAUCUCCAGAAAGCAGGAAUCUAAUUGCCUUUUUCCUGGCUCCUAGACCAACUCAUAUAUAUUGCACUAAAAUUUUGCACAACUUCUCAGUUUUCUCUAAGAAGACUUGUGCUAAUUGUUAAUAAACAGAUUAAUGAA